CAGCAGCGUUUAUUGGUAUCUUUACAACGCUGCAUCUAUAUCAACUCCAAACAAAUACUCAUUUUCUUGUAAACAGUAGAUUUGUUGCACUAAUAAAACAUGAAAGAAAANUUCUGCACUGGGAGAAAACUGAAAGCUGUCAAGUCCUGUCUGCAGUGUCUGGUCUCUUACUGUGAGCAACACCUCCAGCCUCACUAUCAAUCUCCUGCGUUCAAGAAGCACAAGCUGAUCAAGCCGUCCACGGAGCUCCAGGAGAACAUCUGCCCUCAUCACGGUAAAGAAAUGAGGAUUUUCUGCCGCACCGAUCAGAAAUGCAUCUGCACUUUCUGCGCCAUGGACGAACACAAAGACCACAACACGGUUCCGGCUUCGGCAGAACGCACCGAAAAGCAGGGAGAGCUGAUCUCCAGCCGGCAGAAGAUCCAGCAGAGGAUCCAGGACAGAGAGAGAGACGUGGAGGUGCUUUGGCAGGAGGUGGAGGCCGUCAACCGGUCCGCUGACAAAGCCGCGAAGAGCAGCGACAAGGUGUUCGCCCAGCUGCUCCGUCUGGUCAAGAACACCAGCGCCGACGUGAAGCAGCAGAUCAGGUCGCAGCAGAAGAACGAGGUGAGUCGAGCCAAGGAGCUGGAGGAGAAGCUGCAGCAGGAGAUCAGCGAGCUGAAGAGGAGGAACGUUGAGCUGGAGCAGCUGUCGAACACGGAGAACCACACUCGGUUCCUGCAGAGUUACUCCUCGCUGUCGUGUCUGAGGGAACCCACAGAGUCCUUCAGCGUCCACGUCCACACGCUGCUCUACUUUGAGGACGUCAACGAGGCUGUCAACGAGGUCCGAGACAAACUCCAGGACAUCCUCACCGACGUGCAAACCAAGAUCUCCCUGGCUGAGACCAAACUGGGCCUUCUGCCUCCACAAGGAGAACCCAAAACCCGAGCCGAGUUUCUCCAGCUCUCCCAACAGCUCACACUGGAUCCCAACACGGCAAACCCCAAUCUGUCUUUAUCCGACGGGAACAGAAAAGCAUCGGUGGCGGUUGAGAGGCAGCUUUGUUCCGUCCACCAGGACAGAUUUGACGAGAUGUACCAGGUGCUGAGCAGGGAGAGCCUGAGCGGACGCCACUACUGGGAGGUGGAGAGGGGCGGCAGCGAGGUCUCGGUGGCGCUCGCCUACAAGGACGUGAGCAGAACCGGCUUUAGAAGCGGGUUCGGGAACGACGAGCGCUCCUGGGCCCUGGAGUGCUUCGGCCACCACUACGAGUUCAGGCACGGCGGCGGCAGCACCUUCAUCUCGGCGCCUCGGGCCUCCAGGAUCGGAGUCUAUCUGGACCACAGAGCCGGCGUUCUGAGCUUCUACAGAGCCGCCGACAACAUGGCUUUGAUCCACAGAGUCCAGACCACGUUCGCUCAGCCGCUCCACCAGGGACUCGGCGUCUUCGGUUCUUGCGGGCCCGGAUCCGCCGCCGAGGUCUGCAGGCUGGACAGAGACACCAGCGACUGACGGCGCUGCUUUGACUCGAUCUGUUUUAUUCAAUCAGCAGGAUAGCGAUCACUCACAAGCCAAUCAAACGCGUCUCACAGUGGAUCAGUUCAUAGGUUUUGAGACUCUUCCGGUGAGAUUUGCUGCUCUUCUUAGUUUGAAAAUGCGUUCAAAUCGACUUCUGUCUUCUUUAGGUUAUGUCCGUGUGGUACCAUCUACUGAUUUUAUUUCACUUUUCUUUUCUUUUCUUGUUUUGAUUAUGAGGAGAAAAAGAAAUCAGCAAACUUUAACCGAUGGUUUACGGUCGACCAACGAGUUUACACAAACAUUCUCAUUAUUUUUACAGUAAUCGUGUUUUCUUACUACAUUCCAGAAGUAUUAGCUUCAUGAACAACUUUGCACACCGAAGAAAACCAAAGUGCACUUAUUCCUCCACAUGUAUGAAGGUUUUUCCUACAUUUGCACAGUUUGCUUUGAAUCCGUAUG